GGGACCGUCCGCUGCCAGCCGUCGAGGAAGGGCGACCCCGUGGACUCGUGCCGCCGCCUGGGGAAGGAGCCCGUCUGGCAUACGCUGACCUGGUAUCUCGCCAACAGCCAUGGAGGUGAUGAACAUGAUGGAGCAGCCUAUCAAGGUGACAGAGUGGCAGCAGACAUACACCUAUGACUCGGGCAUCCACUCGGGGGUGAACACCCAGGUACCAUCUGUCAGCAGCAAGUGCAUUGUGGAUGACGAUGACCUCUAUGGCAAACAGUACACCAUCAAGAAGACCACCACCACCUACAGCCAGGGAGGGGGCCAGGGACAAGCUGACAUGGAGGCUCAGCUGGCCAUGACACGGGCCCAGCGUGUCCGGGCUGCCAUGUACCCGGAGACUGUGGAGGACCGCUCCUUGCUCAUAACCACACAAAUGGAGGGCCAGCAGACCAAUGUGCAGAGGCUGGCUGAGCCCUCACAGAUGCUGAAAUCGGCCAUUGUGCACCUGAUCAACUACCAGGAUGAUGCAGAACUGGCCACCCGUGCUAUCCCGGAGCUCACCAAGCUGCUGAACGAUGAAGAUCCGGUUGUCGUCAGCAAAGCAGCCAUGAUAGUGAAUCAGCUCUCCAAGAAAGAGGCCUCGCGCCGGGCCCUGAUGCAGUCCCCGCAGAUCGUGGCUGCUGUGGUGCGCACCAUGCAGAACACGAGUGACUUGGACACUGCCCGCUGCACCACCAGCAUCCUGCACAACCUCUCUCACCACCGUGAGGGGUUGCUCUCCAUCUUCAAAUCUGGAGGCAUCCCAGCUCUCGUGAGGAUGCUCAGCUCUCCAGUUGAGUCAGUUUUGUUCUAUGCCAUCACCACCCUGCACAACCUGCUGCUGUACCAAGAGGGUGCCAAGAUGGCUGUGCGUCUGGCUGAUGGACUCCAGAAGAUGGUUCCUCUGCUGAACAAGAACAACCCUAAAUUCCUUGCUAUCACCACUGACUGCCUUCAGCUCCUAGCCUAUGGGAACCAAGAGAGCAAGCUGAUUAUUUUGGCCAAUGGGGGCCCCCAAGCCUUGGUGCAGAUCAUGCGCAGCUACACCUAUGAGAAGCUGCUCUGGACCACGAGCCGGGUGCUCAAGGUGCUGUCGGUGUGUCCCAGCAACAAGCCUGCCAUUGUUGAGGCUGGUGGUAUGCAGGCUCUGGGGAAACAUCUGACUAGCUCCAGCCCGAGGCUCGUGCAGAACUGUCUCUGGACCUUGAGGAACCUCUCUGAUGUGGCCACCAAGCAGGAGGGUCUCGAUGGAGUCCUCAAGAUCCUGGUUAACCAGCUGAGCUCUGAUGAUGUGAACGUGCUGACCUGUGCCACUGGCACCCUCUCCAACCUGACCUGCAACAACAGUAAGAACAAGACACUGGUCACACAGUCCAAUGGGGUGGAGGCCCUGAUCCACACCAUCCUGAGAGCAGGUGACAAGGAGGAUAUCACCGAGCCAGCCGUCUGCGCCCUCCGGCACCUCACCAGCCGGCACCCUGAGGCCGAGAUGGCCCAGAACUCUGUGCGCCUCAACUAUGGCAUCCCAGCAAUCGUCAAGCUGCUCAACCAGCCUAACCAGUGGCCACUGGUCAAGGCUACUAUAGGGCUGAUCCGCAACCUGGCCCUGUGCCCAGCGAACCAUGCCCCGCUGCAGGAAGCUGCUGUGAUCCCUCGCCUGGUCCAGCUGCUAGUGAAGGCUCACCAAGAUGCCCAGCGCCAUGUGGCAGCUGGCACGCAGCAGCCAUACACAGAUGGAGUCAAGAUGGAAGAGAUAGUGGAGGGCUGCACAGGAGCCCUGCACAUCCUGGCCCGGGACCCCAUGAAUCGCAUGGAAAUCUUCCGACUCAACACGAUUCCUCUCUUCGUACAGCUCCUUUAUUCCCCGGUGGAGAACAUUCAGCGUGUUGCGGCUGGAGUGCUGUGCGAACUGGCCCAGGAUAAGGAAGCAGCUGAUGCCAUUGAUGCCGAAGGAGCCUCAGCUCCUCUGAUGGAGCUUCUGCACUCCAGGAAUGAAGGCACAGCCACCUACGCGGCAGCUGUGCUGUUCCGCAUCUCCGAGGACAAGAACCCUGACUACAGGAAGCGUGUCUCUGUCGAACUCACCAACUCACUCUUCAAGCAUGACCCUGCUGCCUGGGAAGCAGCCCAGAGCAUGAUCCAAAUCAAUGAGCCCUACACAGAUGAUCUGGAGCCUGGGUAUCGCCCCAUGUAUUCAAAUGACAUUCCCCUGGACCCCAUUGACAUGCACAUGGAGAUGGAUGGAGAUUACCCCAUGGAUGCCUACAGUGAUGGGGUCCGAGCACCCUUUGCUGACCACAUGCUUGCCUAACUGGCUUCUCAGGCACUGAACAAGGUGUUUUCUCUGUACAGAAGAGGGUGGUCCCAGAGCUGAGCAUACACAAGAAGGACUUGGGAGACAGAAGUGCCUGAGAUGACAAACUUUUCCAUUCCCACAAGAGGUUUUAUUUUUUAGAUUUUUUUCCGCUGUGGGGCUGUGGAAAAGGCCCUUCCCUCCUGGGACUGCUUCAAACACCCUACUGCCAGCAUCCAGCCAAUCCGAGAUACUGUUUCUGAAGCUUUAAAACACCCAAACCUUGCAUUGUUAUCCAACUCUCAUUGGCAUAAUAGUCUUUUCUAUAAAUAUAUAUUUCUCUUGUUUUGUUUUUUUAUUUUUAAUAUGGUGCAAAUGGCUCUUGCCAUCUGAUUCAUUUAAGAUUGUGCUUUUCUUUUUCUUCCCUCCCCCUCCCCAAAUUCCUGCUUUUUUGUUUUCUGUGUUAAGUGUUUUUAAAAAGAAAUCUUCACAUUUUUGGAAGAAGAACCCAAGCCUUUUGUUUUCUACAAACUUUACAUUAACCAUAGCUCAUCUGCUGAGUUUGCUGAAAACAAAUGGUGCCAUAUUCUGUACCCCUGGAUUCUUUGUUCUAUCCAUUGGGGCGUGUCUACUGCUUCAUCUUUUUCCAAUCAGACAUUGGUGAGCAGAAAUUCAAUGUAACUGUCCUUACAAUAGAGGAGCUGACUCCAGCUGUUAGGAACUGUGUCCUUGUACUGAUCAGCUAUUGCACAUCUUAACCUCCUUCCUUUCUUCCUGGUGAGUGGCGUGCCCCCUCCUUUCCCUUCAUCUCCCUCCCCCCACCAUGCAUUUUUCUAAAAGUGACUCUAGAGCUGAUGGUUUAAUGCUUCAACUGGAAAGGGACAGACAUUUCUUGGCAUGUGGUUCAGGAAUGGAGGAUUUUAUUAUUUCUGUAAGUUUUUUUUGUAUAGACCAAAGCAAAGAAUAAAAUAACCCAUUCCCAUGCCCGC